AUGAGAAGUUGCAAGAAAGGCCAAACCCUUGAGUCUCACCAAAGUGAUAUAGCAAAGCUUAGAAUGAGCUCAUGCACCACAAAGAGCUUGUUACAAAAGCUGGAGAAUAUUGAUGAAAAUGGUCCUGCUUGUUGGCUACCAGUGGCAUGUGCUGCACCUGAAACUCCAACUGAGUCCAUGGAGUUUCUUGCAAGAUCAUGGAGCCUUUCAGCUGUGGAGCUCUCUAAAGCUCUUUCCAACACUCAUGUGGCCAUUGAUAAUGUUGAGAAGGCUUCGUCUUUUCGUUCUGCUGAAGCUGAAGCUCAAGAUGCAAGUUCCACAACUUCAAAGGAAUCACAGUUCCCAAGUGGUGGUAGCACUGGCAGCUCUCCAAUCUCUCCACGAGACAGUGAAGAAAUGAAGGAAUUAUUUUUACUUCAUCAAGCACUCACUCCAGAAUUCCUUUCCAGUCAACAGUUGCUAAAAAAUGGGCUAUACAAGAGCAUAUUGAAAGGCAGGACAAUGGGAAGAUGGCUGAAGGAUCAGAAAGAGAGGAAGAAGCAGGAAAUCAGAACCCAAAAUGCUCAACUGCAUGCAGCUGUAUCUGUGGUAGGGGUUGCUGCUGCUGUCGCUGCACAAGCUGCUUCAAAUGCAAUGUCAAAAGAACUGACGGCAGUCCAACAGAAGACACCUUCCAAAAUGUCAUCGGCAGUGUCUUCAGCAGCAGCUCUAGUAGCAUCUCACUGCAUUGAGAUUGCAGAGGACAUGGGAGCUGACCAUGACCAAAUCUUAACUGUUGUCAACUCUGCAAUUAAUGCAAGGACUAAUGGGGAUAUCAUGGCCCUAACAGCUGGAGCAGCUACAGCCUUACGAGGAGCAGCCACCCUAAGGGCAAGGAUGCAAAAGGGGCCUGGAACUACAGCCUUUGCUCUAGGGGAGGAAAAGAACGAAGAAGAUAGAGAAGCAAACAUCACAGCUGCACUGCACUUUGUGACUAAAGGUGGAGAACUUCUCAAGCGUACAAGGAAAGGAGCUCUCCACUGGAAACGAGUUUCUUUUAACAUCAACUCAAAUUGGCAGGUGGUAGCUAAAAUGAAAAGCAAGCACAUGGGAGGAACAUUCACAAAAAAGAAAAAACUUGUAGUCUCUGGAGUCUACACAGACAUCUUAGCGUGGCCUGGAAGAGAUAAAGAAGACCAGAGUGGGCGUAGAGCUUACUUUGCAAUAAAAACAUCCGAAAGGGUGAUAGAGUUUGAAUGCAUUAAGGCCGACAAACAGAUAUGGAUGCAUGGGAUUCAGCAUAUGCUGAAUUGCCGUACCAGCCUAACAUAA